UCAAACCUAAAUUACUUUUAGGGUUCGAGUCCAUUUUGAGUUUAUAUUUCCAAAUUCAACAAUUUUUUUUAAUGUAUUUCUCUAUACAACAAAAGCAAAUGAUUGAUUUUAGGUGAAUUAUUAUCUUCUUGAAUAGCCUUUGGAAGAAGAAAUAUUUGAAGAGAUGACCACAAAGGUGAAAGGCCUUCUUAAAGGCCUUAGGUAUAUUUCUCAAGUUUUUGAUCAAGAUAAAGAAAAAGAAAUGCAAAUUGGUUUUCCUACAGAUGUAAAACAUGUUGCACAUAUAGGAUGGGAUGGCCCAUCAGUUGAUAAUCCAAGCUGGAUGAAAGAAUUCAAAUCACCAGGAGCAUUUCAAUCAGCUCCUUUGGUUCCUCCUCCUGGAGAUCUUAAAGAAAAUUCUGAUAUUAAAUGGGUUUCUGAAG